AUGGCGCGACUUCGAAAAAUCGCGAGUGACUUGGAGGAGGGCGAUGAUGCGAGAGAAGAUACUAUAUUCCGCCUUCCUGAAGUUCUCACUGGUGUACACGACAUGGUCUGGUAUUUUACCAAAGGACCGAUUGCUGAGUGGGAGAAGGAAGGAAAUCUCAACCGGAACGCGAGCUUGGCGCGAGCGGUCCUUCAACGAGACGGCAUGCAUUGUGUCUUGACCGGCAACAAGAAUCCUGAAGUGUGCCAUAUCUGGCCCUUUUGGGCUGUGAACCGGAAAGGCCAAGCCGACAAAUCACUCAAGGCAUUAGCUUUGGUAUUCGGAAGAGAGCGCAUCAUUAAUCUCAGAAAAAAACUCGCCAAUAGAGAAUCCAACACUGUCGACACGCCUGGCAACAUGAUCACUCUCAGCAGACAGCUUCAUCGAUUCUGGGAAGAGGGUUACUUCGCUCUUGAACCUAUCGGGCCUGUCUUCAAUACGGCGCAUGUCUCGACCACUUCAAGCACAGUAGAGGAAGACACCGCUAAAGAAACAUCUACCCCGACAGAUGGUGACAUGAAUGACCCCCCCCGAGGCCUCCGGAAGAGGGCUUCGGAUAGGUUGAGGGGGAAGAAAGAGGAACGUGAUGCGAAACGCGCGACCAUGCAGAUCGAAGGUGUCAAGGUUCGUUUUCAUUGGCUCAAACGAACCACUCACGAGUCCAUGCACACCAUCCUUGGCCCCAAUGCCGAGUUGAACCCGCGGAAGAUGUGGAAAGACUGGGAGGAUAGAAUUGUUGUCCACGACGUUGACGGUCGGCCCCUCGAGAACGGCCAAAUUCUCGAGAUUUUCCCAACAAGCCAAGCUGAAGCCCCCGAUAUGGACAUCCUGCAGCUUCAGUGGGAUAUCCUCCGGAUGCAUGCCCUGACUGGAGGUGCUGACCCGGUGCUGUACGCACCCGAUAACGAUUAUGAUGAGGAUGGGCGGAGGGUCUCGGUUGAUCGACCAGAAAGGGUGCGUGCUCUUGAAGCUCUGAAGGACAACCGUGUCGAGUUGGAGGCCGAGAGGCCCAUGGAAACAUCCCCGGACGUUCCGGAAGCAACUAUGUCUGAAGUGGCUGAAGUGGCUUCCACUGGUCGAUCCGUGAGUGGCACAUCUACCCUCCGAAACAUGGCAGCGACUGCUGUCAACUCGAUAUCUCGUCGAACCGGUCGAGCUAUACGCCGAUUGGGUGGCGAUGAUGGCGACGAUUCGACGAUUCUGUCAGGAAGACCAACGACCCCCUCCAUUACUCGCGGUUUGGUUUCCAGGCUCCGACCUCGCCGUGUGUCGCACGCCAUGGCCGGUGUACAGACCACAGCCUCCAGCGCUGAUCGCGGAGAUCACGACCGUCCAUUCACUGAGGUUGAUGCCCCCAGAAGCGCUCGCUCUUCGGGCGAACACUCGCAGAGGCGUCGGCAGUCUCGUCUUCCAUCUAAAGCUCGCCUUCCCUCUGAAUCUCGUCCUUCAAUUGAGGCUAGACACCGAACGAGAAGUGGACGCCCUUCCGGCGAGCACCCGCAUAAGAAUCGUCUCUCUACCGAGGCCUCGACUGCACAAGGUGGUGGGCGCCCUUCGGGCGAGCACUCGCAGAAGAAUCGUCUCUCUACUGAGGCUGCGACUGCACAAGGCGGUGGGCGCCUUUCGGGUGAGCAAAUGAUGCUGCCUUUGCGUCCCAGGCCGGGGACUGUUCUGGGAGAGAUCACAAAUGUAGCGAGCACAAGGGUGACCACCAGGAUGUCUGAGGAUGAUGCAGUUGGCGGCGAAAACCGGGAUCCCGCACAAACGGAUGUCAACCAUUGA